UCCCUAUUGAUACAUCAUAUCUAGGAACGAAAAUCCCAUUAUGAAGCUUGAAGGAAGCAUCAGGGUAUCGCUAGAUUAUAAAGAAGAUAAAGAUAUCAUCCAGCGCUUUUCAGAUAAAUCGCAUCUUGUUACUCAUGAGAGUCUUCACACCAGAGAAAAACCUUAUUCAUGUUCAAAAUGUGGGAAACACUUUAGAAGUAAAUCAAAGCUUUUACGACAUGAGAGAAUUCACACAGGAGAGAAACCAUUUUCAUGUUCAGAUUGUGGAAUGCGUUUUAGAUAUAAAUCAAAUUGUGUUCAGCAUAAAAGAACUCACACAGGAGAGAAACAGUAUUCAUGUUCAGAAUGUGGUAAAUGUUUUACCACAAAAUCAAAUCUUGAUCAACAUAUAAGAAGUCACACAGGAGUGAAGCCGUAUUCAUGUUCAGAAUGUGGAAAAUGUUUUACCAAGAAAUCAGUUCUUGAUCAACAUAAUAGAAUUCACACAGGAGAGAAGCCAUAUUCAUGUUCAGAAUGUGGGAAAUGUUUCACAGAAAAAAGAAAUCUUACUACACAUCAGAGAAUUCACACAGGAGAGAAGCCGUAUUCAUGUUCAGAAUGUGGAAAAUGUUUUUCACUCAAACUAAGCCUUCGUCAACAUAAGAGAAUUCACACAGGGGAGAAGCCAUAUUCAUGUUCAGAAUGUGGGAAAUGUUUCACAGAAAAAAAAAGUCUUACUAAACAUCAGAGAAUUCACACAGGAGAGAAACCAUUUUCAUGUUCAGAAUGUGGGAAAUGUUUUACCCAGAAAUCAAGCCUUGAUAUACAUAAGAAGAUUCAUACAGGAGAGAGGCCAUAUUCAUGUUCAGAAUGUGGGAAAUGUUUUAAACAUAAAUCAAGCCUUGAUAUACAUAAGAAAAUGCAUAUAGGAGAGAAGCCAUAUUCAUGUUCAGAGUUUGGGAAAUGUUUUAAACAUAAAUCAGAGCUAAUAGAACAUGAGAGAAGUAACACAGGAGUGAAUUCAUGUUCAGAAUGUGGGAAAUGUUUUACCCAGAAAUCAGGUCUUGAUCAGCAUAAAAGAAUUCACACAGGAGAGAAACCCUAUUCAUGUUCAAAAUGUGGGAAAUGUUUUACAUACAGCUCAAGUCUUAUUCUACAUGAGAGAAUGCACACAGGAGAGAAGCCAUAUUCAUGUUCAGAAUGUGGAAAAUGCUUUACCAGGAAAUCAGGUGUUGAUCAACAUAAGAGACUUCACACAGGAGAGAAGCCAUGUUCAUGUUCAGAAUGUGGGAAAUGUUUUACCAAGAAAUCAACUCUUAAUCGGCAUCUGAAAAGUCACACAGGAGAGAAGCCUUAUUCAUGUUCACAAUGUGGGAAAAGUUUUGCCAACAAAUCAAGUCUUGUUCUACAUCAGAAAAGUCACACAAGAGAGAAGACUCUUUGAUGUUAAUAAUGUUUUACAAGGAAAUUAAAUAUUGAAACACAUCAGAAAAUUCACAUAUUCUUGUAUGGAAUGUGGGAAAUAUUUUAAGAGGGAAAAAGUGAUGAAAUAGAAGAAAACAGUAAUAAUAAAUUGAAUUUGCAGUAAUGCACUGAGCAUGGCGGAUUACUGAUCAGCAUCGUUAUCUUGCAGUGCUGGGGUCCUAGGUUUAAAUCUGACCAAAGAUAUCUGGAUGGAGUUUGUAUGUCCUUCCUGUGUUUGCAUUGGGUUUCCUCUGGGUUUUUUGCUUUCGUUUCCCACCUCAAACAUACUGAGCGGUUAAAGGCUUUGUCUGCUCUUUAUUUUUAGCAAUGUGCUGGAAACGGUCACUUACUGAUAUAAUGGCCCUGAUAUUGCACCAAAAAUCUGUUUUUAAACAGUGGCACAGAAUUGGGACAUCUAGGGUUACUACACUUUUUUCCAACAUGCUCGAUGAGGACAGGGUUUAAAGGAAAGUAGGUGGAGCUUUACAGAAAUGAGUUGGGCCUAAAAUGUCCCAUUUGCACCAUAAUAACAAAUCAUGCGUAAAAAAAUCUCUCAUAGUAAGCCAACCAGUAGUUGGUAUAGAGUCGGUGAAAAGUGUCUGUCCAUACACCAGAUUUAUCAUCCAGCAUGAGUCCCUCUGAUAAAUCUGGAGAAAGUCUAGAUGGCCUGUCUAAGCUUACACCAUCUUUAUGAUUAGUAAAUUUGGGGCAAUGUCCUUAGAAGAUCUGCUCUGAAGCUCUUAAUAGAAUACUGCUGCCACUUGUGUACUCCAUCUGGCCUCACUGCAUGUACAGCUCUCCCGUCCUGAACAUGGUUGCUAAUUGGGGAGCUUGUCUAUCAUCAGCGGCUUUCAUUGAAUAACACUGUGGCUGGAUUGGGAAACUAGCAUGUGAGCAGUCCAUGGUCAUGUUAGGACCAGAAAAAUGCCAUUUCCUUCAGUGGCGUUGAUACCUGGUGCUGCCUCUAUGUCAAAAAACAACCUCCAGCGGGCAUUUAUUAUAAGCCUCAUUCACAGUAUCUCAUAUUAGGAUUUGCAAGCCAAAAAAUUAAGACUUGGUCCAGAACACAGAGACAUGUAAAUCUGCUCAUUGUACAGUUCUCAGGUUUUGUUCUCCUCCCAGUUUUAUCUUACAAAUACUGAUAGAAGAUACUGAGCAGAAUACACAAAUGUGAAUUAGGCCUUACUGUCUGCUGGUCUUUUGUAGGAGGAUUUGUUUUCCUACUCUUCCAUGGAGAGCAUGCACAGCCAGGUCCAGAUGUCCCCCAGCAUCUUUAUGAGAUUUAGAACCAGGAUUUUUCUUGGCCAUUCCAGGUCUCAUCCACUGUUUUUCUGACAACUUCUUGAUGGGUUUCUUGCUAUUUGUGAGGUCAUUGCCUAUUUGUCAGGUCUACA